AGGGAUGAGGACCUCGCCCGCAGGAUGUUUGUGUUUGUGUGUGUGUGCGCGCUCCUUGCGCACCCUCUCCUUACACACCCGCUCCUUCCACGCACGCACGCAUACAUACGCACAACGCCUACUUUACGGUGUGCCUAUGUGCAUGCCGCAUUUGCUUCACAUUCACCUUUAUGUGGUCAAUGGGAAUGAGCAUAUUCACCGGCGCAUAAUAUAAUCAACUCUUAUUUCAGUUUCUUCACUAUAUACAUGUUAAAUCCAAUAGAAUAACAUGAAUUAGAUACGGUCCAAGUUUGCAUUGCCAUAGAAACGGGCUGUCGCGUAGACCAGGAAUAGCAAAGGUCUUAAUUACCGGACUUCGUGCUGGUGCAGUUUACACGUGAGUUGGAGCUGUUCCGACCGGAGUCGCGCGUGCGCUGUGCGCUGUGCGCUCUCGUACAAACGACUCGCAAAGUGGCAGUUCAGGAAACUAGACAUCAUUCUAAAGUGCAGCACUAUUCAGAACACUCGCCGUGCAACAUCUUCCCAAAAGCUUCUCUGCCUGCUGGUUUUGGAAUAAUACACAUUGUAAAGACAAAGAGGAAUACCAACAAGAGACAAGUUAUGGAUGAAAAAAUACCGCGUCUGCAGGACAGGCAAUUUAUGGAUCAUGCUGAUUUCUUAGGGGUGGAAUACUCCUCACUCUACAUGUGUAAAUCGAAAAGAGGGCUGAAGCGCGAAGAUGGCAAGGACGCGUACAAGUUACCACACCGAUUGAUAGAGAAGAAGAGGAGAGACAGAAUCAAUGAGUGUAUCGGACAGUUAAAGGAUUUGUUACCCGAACAUCUCAAACUGACGACGCUCGGGCAUUUGGAGAAAGCAGUUGUUCUUGAGUUAACUUUGAAGCAUUUAAACGCUUUGACUGCAGUCACUGAGCAGCAGCACCAGACGAUUAUGGCUUUUCAGAAUGGGGAUCUAUUGAUGAAAAUGCCCAUUCGCGCUGAUUUGGAUGCGUUCCACUCGGGGUUCCAAGCGUGUGCCAAAGAGGUCCUGCAGUACCUAAACAAGUUGGAGAACUGGAAUACAUGCGAGCAGCGGUGCGCGCAGCUCAUCAGCCACUUGCACAAAGUCUCGGCGCAGUUUCAGCCUGAGCCACUGCUCCAUCCCCAGCUACCUGUCAGAGACGCGCUCGACCGCGAUGGCCAAAAACCAGACAGCCAAGCCGGACAUGACCGCGUAUCAGUCAUACAGAGGAGCCAUGGAGAGCUUAACGAGAAUGACACAGACACAGACAGUGGAUACGGGGGUGAGGCGGAAAAGAAUGAUGGGAAGAAAGGAUGUGACCGGAGCAAACUGCAGGGGCCCAAGGCAGUAAAGAUAAAGCAGGAGUUCGAGGAUGACCGCGCUGCCAAAAAAACAAAGAUGAACUGGGCUGGAAACUGCACGACAAGCGCAGACGCGACCACCAGACCUGAUCUGGUCUUUAUGAAUUCGUUGAUGGGAAUAACUGGUGUGGGACAGCAGACUCCCUUUUGCAUGCCCUUUUACUUCAUAAACCCCUCGGCGGCAGCGUCCUACAUGCCUCUAUUUGACAAAAGUAACCUGGAGAAGUUUGUGUACCCAGCAGCAGCAGCGACGACGAUCUCAUCUCAGUUUCACUGGUUAUACCCCGGCCUCAACUCACAUGCGUCGGCAGCUGCGGCCGCAACAGCCGGUGUUUUUUCCCGCAUGUCGACAGAGAAGAUCUCUGGAUUCGGUUCCGACUCCAAGGACUCUCCCUCCGACGACAGUGACAUGUCAAACGUGGUGGAGCCGGGCUCACCUGAUGAGAGGGAAGACAAUCUUGAGAAUGAUGAAGAUGACGAUGAUGAUUAUGAUAAGGAAUUAGGGGAUGACUCCCCAGACAAUGAAAAUGACAGUACAUAAUUAAGGUGACAUUUUGAGAUUUUGUUUUCUUUCUUGUAAAAACUGGCUAAUUUAACUGUGUAUGUGUUAAAUUGAUGUGCAUUCUGCAUUUUAAGCCUAUGUUGUUUACGAUUCUCCGACAGCUGUUUGGUUUUACCUUAUUUUCGUAUUUUCGAUAGAUUUUUAUUGAUAUAGGAGUUUCGAGACAAGUUUCACAGUUAAAUUUCUCCUGUAUCUUGGCCAAGCAGGGGGAAGUUGUGACAGUGUGUGCCUUUUGCACUUAAUGCGAGAAUAAUCUGAAUGUUAAUCGACAGUGAUUGACACUAACAACAUGUACACGUCUGUUAUUACUAAAAUCAUAGGUUAUAUUGAGCUGGAGUUUUUCCAUUAACACAACCUUUAAAACUGCGAAUAUCAGUGCCAAAACAUCAAGACAAACAAUCUGCUUAUAAGCAAUAUUGCCCUCUGAUCCCCAAUCAGCUAGUGACUUUGGAUGUAGGAUGUUGUAACUGACCUACGCCGAGGUCAACAUUGCAGGUCAACAUUUCUGACUCUGACUGUACAGUAUGACUAAUUGUGAUAGGUGUGAUUUGAUCCAUGUCCUUGUUUAUGCACUAAAUGGGCCUCUGUAUAAAGUGCUUGAGAAAGUUACUUAGGUACCUCAAACCGAGAUGUCCACCCUGGAUCAUAGAUAAGCCCUAACUGGACAAAUGAUUUACUUCAUAUUAUGUAACUCCCUCUCCAUGCCAACACAUUUGGAUUUGUUUAUUUAGUCUUUUGGAAUUUGCAGUAACCCCCUCAGAUACAUUUUGCUGACUGCUGAUAUUUCGCAUAAUAUUGAAAGGAAGCACGUCAUUGGAAGAUGCUGUUUUAUGACAAUUGACAAUUAUAUCCCUGAUUGGUUGGCAUCUCUGCACACAUAAUGGGACACCCCGUGACCAGUCAGCUAAACCUCCAGCAAAAUUAUACUAGGCAUGAACUUUGAUAUUGAAUGUAACUACCUUUGUUUUUCUUAGCUCUGGAAGUUUCAGAGAUAAAGUGCACUUGUUUCUGCCUUUGAAAAAUCUCCCCGUUCCUUCCCAACACUUACUUUCCAACUAUUGUAGUCCAUCACUGUAUGUAUUUUUUUAAAUAAAAUUUUCUUGAAGAAAAUCAAUAAACUAGAGGGCAGAAACUUUACGCCAGACUGUAUAGACUGUGUAUGUGUUUGAAGAACAAGAUACUAGGCUACUACAGAUCACGAGGCUUUCUAGUGUUUUUGAAUAAACAUAAGCCACAAAUCAUAAUUAAUUUUGGGUUAUACGUCUUAUUGUAUUUAUAAAGCUACAUGAAACAACUUAUACUCCGCCCCUGAAUGAAGAAGAAGCUCUAGUAUCACAUUCUAAUACAUACACAAACUUACAUUCAGAUUAGGUGUAUGUAGUUGGAGGUAACUUUGGUCCGGUGACCAAAAGUUCUGAUAAAUGUCCUUUUAAAAUGUACAAUCCUUUUAUUUCUUGAGAGAUGUAUUCCUGCAAUUGUGAUGUUUAUCAUGUUUGAGUUUCUUGUGUGAGUGACUAGAUUUGAUUUGCAUAUCCAAUAUUGUUUAUUUUUUGCUUCUGUUCAGCAGCUCUUGCCUCAAAUCCAUUAUGUUUUCAACUGUCAUUAAAAGUGGCAUGUGUGUGUAAAUAGUUUUGUGAAUAUACUAUGGAAUAUAUGUCCGAUGUCAAUGUUAUAGAAGAAAGGUAGAACAACAACAACAACAAAAAGAUUGAACUGAGAAAUUGUUGCACAUUUCGUUAAUGCUUUACACAUAUAAUGUUGUAAAUUAUUGCUGACAAGUUGUAAAAUAAAUAUCAGACCAAAAACUA